AUGGGUAUUUUGGGCUUGUCGAAAUUAAUUGCGGAUAUAGCACCUCAAGCUGUGAAAGAAAUGGAAAUUAAAAAUUACUUUGGUCGCAAGGUGGCUAUUGAUGCAUCUAUGAGCUUAUACCAAUUCUUGAUAGCAGUUAGAAGCGAAGGUGCACAGUUAACAUCAGUUGAUGGUGAGACCACUUCACAUUUAAUGGGCACCUUUUACCGAACAAUCAGGCUAGUCGAGAAUGGCAUUAAGCCUGUGUAUGUUUUUGAUGGGAAACCUCCAGACAUGAAGUCCCAUCAGCUCAACAAACGUGCAGAGAGGAGAGAAGAGGCUGAGAAAGAAUUGCAAAAGGCUACUGAUGCAGGUGACCAAGCUUCCAUUGAAAAGUUUAAUCGGCGUCUUGUGAAGGUUACGAAACAGCAUAGUGAAGAGGCUAGGGAACUGCUCAAAUUGAUGGGUAUACCUGUUGUUGAAGCACCUUGUGAAGCAGAAGCACAGUGUGCUGCCUUGGUUAAAGCUGGCAAAGUGUAUGCAACAGCCACAGAAGAUAUGGACGCUCUGACUUUUGGUGCUAAUGUACUUUUGCGCCACUUGACAUUUUCCGAGGCACGCAAAAUGCCCGUACAGGAGUUUCAUCUGGACCAAGUACUAAAUGGACUCGAGCUCAACCAGAAUGAGUUCAUAGACCUGUGCAUCCUUCUGGGUUGUGACUACUGCGGCUCCAUCCGUGGCAUCGGACCUAAGAGAGCUAUCGAACUGAUAAAGCAACACCGCUCCAUGGAGGAAGUACUCCGUAACAUUGACACCAACAAGUACCAGCCUCCAGAGAACUGGGACUUCGAAAAUGCUAGGAGACUGUUCCUUGAGCCUGAGGUUAUGGAUCCUAAAGAUAUUGAGAUGAAAUGGACAGACCCCGACGAGGAAGGCCUGGUGAAAUUCCUAUGUGGUGACAAGCAGUUUAACGAAGAUCGCGUGCGGAAUGGAGCUAAAAAGCUCAUUAAGGCGAGAACCGGUACAACGCAAGGGAGACUAGAUGGCUUCUUUAAGGUGCUAUCAACCACACCGAAUCCCAAAAGAAAGGCAGAAGAAGAAAAGAAAAACGCAGCCAAUAAGAAAGCUAAGGCCGGCGGCGGUAGAGGAAGGAGGCCAAAGUAA